AUGCCGGUGUUGGUUGACUUUGGUUCUUGCCGCGAGAUUGGUACAAAGCUGGGCGCAUCAUGGGGGACGGUGGGCUGGAUUGACGGCGAUAUUCUUGAAUACGCGGUAUCUGAAGAACGCCACGACUUGUCCGCCCUUGGCAAGAUCCGCGUUUGGCUUGACUCCCCACACUUUGACAGAUAA